AUGGAGAACAAUACUCGCUCAGAUACUCCUCCGCCAUAUAUUAGUGAACAUGACGAGUUUAAUUAUAAUUGGGAUAAUAAAUCCACCAAAACUCUGGUCCAACAGUCUGAAGUCACCGACGCAAACAUACCAUUUACGCCCUCGGUCCCCGAGCUGCAGGUACAGACUCGUACAAAAUCCUGCAGAUCUGGCUUCGACUACCCAGCCGAACUGACCCAAUACGGUAUCUCAGAAGAAGACUGGAUAAACUUUACCCAAGCCAUUCGCGAUGAAGCAAAGCUUUCGCGACGACAAUGGUCGACAGUUGUCGGCAAGACUAUCGGCACUCUAGCCAUCGGCGGCAUAAUUGUUGGCUUCUUCGGCGCUGUCCCCGCCGCUAUUGUGGCUAGAACUUCUCAGAGACGACAGGAGAAGCGCAAUCUUGCUGCUGCGCUUGCUGGGAAUGAUGACACGCCCUUGGCUCGUCAUAUUGCCCGUUGGAACGAGACUUUCUUUCGGCCUCAUGGUGUUUUGAUUCGUGUCGAAGUUCCGGAGGGGUACUUGGGGGUUUUACUUGAUAGGGAUUUGCAUCGGGAUGAGUAUGGCCCUAUCGCUGCUUACAAGAACCGCGAUAGCAACUCUCUGAAAGCUAGAAUUGUUAUCAUGGUGCUUGAGGGUUCGGUGGAGAGUUCGCCUCGUGCCUCUUCUGCCACUGGAGGAGAGUGA